CCCCCCCUCCCCUCUCACUCACUCUCUCCGCUCACCACUACUCGCUCGCCCCUCCCUCCCUAGGUGCCAGCCCUCCGCCCCCAACCAUCAACACCAUGAACCCGUCCAUGCACAAGUACCAGGCAGUGCUGCUGGCCUGCGCGUUGUUUCUGGCGGCCGUCUGGGUCGGCACGCAGUCGAAGAACAGAAGCAGCAGCAGCACUACUUUUGCUGGCGCCCACAAUCUUCGCAGCACCAAGAGCCACGAGAAGCACCAGGAGGCGCGCGGCGACGGACUGACCAUGCCGGCUCACGUGUCAGCCCCCAAGACCAACUCGUUCAGCGCUGUGACUAUACCCUCGCCCAGCAACAGCGAGGAAAAGGCCAACACGAACACGGAGGACUACGUCUGGCCAGGGGAGUUCGCGCUCGAAUCCUUGGAGUCUUUGAAGGAAGACCUGUCGUACGACUUCGGCUCGUUCGCGUACGAGCACUAGCCUUCUUCCCGGCCGACACCACAUAAUUAACAAUGAGCUGAGUCAAGAGGAAGCCUUGGAAUCGUCUGGAAUCUCUCGGCGUGCGUACCGCCCCGACCGUUGAUUGAUCCGGUGCGGUUGUCUCCUCGAGCGUCGUCCAAUCGUCACUCGCCCACAUGGAGGAUGUAAACAGUCGCACCCCGUGCCCAGGUUCUGUUGCUGCGUGUUUUUGUCGUGUUGAGUUUUGUAGUUUGUUUCUCUCUCGGGUGGACACGGAAGAGAUGGACCGCUUGUGGCCACACUUGAAGAGGAAAAUUUCCCCUCUUGGUUGGGCUAUAUCUUAGUGCCGGCCUUUUGAUGAGGUUGCUUCUCUACUUCACUGUCUGUCCCAUCUUGUACAGUGUAGGAAACGAGCGUUCCUUGUUUUCUUGAAGGCGUCGAGUUCCUUGUAUUUGCGAAGGUGUCGAGUACGACAUGAUACAUGCAUGGUCUGACAUGAUGUGGUCUGUCUGCAGAGUAGUACGCCGAGGAGUGCAAGGACGGACGGAAAUAUAGCUUUCUCAUCCCUUUGGGUAACGGAGCGAGACCUCAGGCACUGAAUCUCUGUCCGUACUUGUGCGACCUAUCCGGUCGCGUUCUUGUGUUGCUCGGGACAUCAUGCUCGUAUGCUGAUGUCGCGAUUGUGUCCAGUCUAACUGCUUUGCUAAAGACUGCACCCUGUACUUUUCUGUAUAGCUUAGUUUUUCAUGCUCCUUUGGGGAGUGUGAACGAAUGCUCUCAAUUUUUCCGACCUUGGAGAUUCUGAAAGGGCGGCUGGUUGGUGUACGGGGAGUAUUCCUGUCUUCAAGACUCGAUUUCGAAGUUGACGUUGUUGCAAACGUGCAGCUAGGACCGGUUGGUUGCCGCUCAUCGGGAACGUGGGCGGGUAGAGGGUGGACCGCGUUGUUGGUGCCAACAAACUUGCCGCUGUAUGAAACUGGUGAGAGAGGGUGGGUUCACUGGCUCACGUUGGCUGCUCUUUGCUAAAACGUAUGGUUGCUGGCUAGCUGUGGGUGCUGCUGAGACGAGAAACGAUCGUGGCUCGGUCGCCUCUGUCGCGUGUUGAGAUUCCACCCCUGCUGAGCCAAGGUGGUAUGUGUUCACUGAGCACAUUUUUUUUAUUAUGUCGUCCAGAGAAGUAGGUUUCGCGAGUUGGGCGGGUACUACAUGUGGUUGGACACGCGGCUUGGGAGGAGAAACAAACGUGAAGAGCUUGUUUCAUGCUCGGGAGAGUACAACACCAAAUCGGCGAACGAACGUGUUACAUAUUUUGCUGUGACUUUAUGAUAGGACGGGGGGCGUUGAAAUUGUCGAGGCGAACGUAGGUACGUAUGUAUGGCACCAUAUUUUCACGUCUCGUGACGAGGCGUAUUAUACUUUUUUCGGUCUUUAUUUUUAUCGGUUUAUUAUUGAAAUUCAAUGCGUGUUUUUUCUUGUCGGGAACCACAACGACUUUUUUGCAUGUCACCACAUUCCACUGGGGAAGGUUGUAUCUUAAUGAAGUACGUUGUAGUAUCGUAAUGAAGUAGUACGUUGAGACACGCGUGCGGUUGGCUAAUUCAACCUCCACACAGCACGUGUAGCGCGACAAUGAAAGGAACGGGUGAACUUGCAAUCAUUGUGCAUGAUCUCUUUUGGUUGGUGGUUCAUGUGGGCCCGCUCGUGCAUCAAGCCUGUUGUUUGCCGAUCAAUUUAUCUACUACAUAUGCGUGAGCGACCGCUAGCCCGCGCUGUCGCGAAGGAUAUAGAUCUGUCUAUUAUCCAUGUCUUGCUUCUUUUCGUUCUGAAAAGGCUUCAGGUUCUGUUGCGACAACCUGACGGUUCACUGGAACAACGCAUGGAUCUAUCCAUCUGCUGGCGUCGCCGCAACGGUAAAACAUCGAUAUAUUAGUGAAGUACGUUGUAGUAACGUCAUGAAGUACGUUUGAGGCCCGCGUGUGGUAGCUGUUUCAACCUCCCCACAGCACGUGUCGCGCGACAAUGAAAUAAAUAGGGUGAACACUAUGUAAACUGUGCAUUAUCUCUUUAAGUUGGUGGUUCAUGUGGACUCUUGUAUCAGGUAUCGUUUGCCGAUCAAUUCAUCUACUACAUAUCUAUGCGUGAGCGACCGCUAGCCGGCGCUGUCGCCAAGGACAUAGACUAAUCUGUUUAGUCUAUCCACGCCUUCCUUUUUGUUCUGAAACGGCUUCAGGUUCUGUUGCGACAACCUGACGUGCACUGGAACAACGCAUGGAUCUAUCUAUCUGCUCGCGUCGCCGCAACCGCAAAACAUCGAACUAACUGCAAAUGAGUAUCUGCUGUAGAUUAUCCAUGCAUCCCUGUGUCUUCUGGUGUUGUUCUGUUUUCGCACAUACUCUGGCCCUAUGUACAAGCAAGCAUCCUCGUCUGUCUCUUAUCACGUUCACCGCGAGAAAGGCUCAUGAACGCGAAUUGAGUCCCGUCUCCGACCAAGAAAUGGAGUCUGUAUCCCCUACCUACAGUUGCACAGAUGGAAGCAGCCUUAAGUUUUUUAUGGUUUUCCCGGUUGAAGGUUUGUUUGUGUGCCCAGCGUGAGAUCAGCCCUGGUGAUCUAGCUGAUGGACUCCGGCGAGUCCAACCAAAGGGGGAGUUGUUGUUGUUGUUUGUUGUUUGUCUUCACAUUAAACCGUAUGUCAGUUGCUAAAUGCCAAAAUCUAGCAAAAGACUCUCAGCCCGUGGUCACGAAAGUGCUAGAGCCAUCUGAGGAUCUAAAGAACACGCACACAUCCGACGAGAAAAAGGUAUGCAAGAGCCCGAAGAGGUACACCUAAAAAUCCCUGCAGCACCGUAUGCGUGCCCAAAAACUGAACUGCACGUCCGUCCCACCGUUCGACUACAGUAGCAUCACCCCCUCCCUGUCCCACUCUAUACCAAAACGGAAGAUUGCCGACUACAGCAUAAUGCUGUCUGAAGUGCUGUCUG